AUGUAUAAAUUAAUUUAUUAUUACUUUAUUGAAGCUAAAACGUUUAUUAUAGGUGUUGAUUUAUUUGCAAUAGAUCUUCGUUGUACACCACGUCAUAGAUGUUGUCCCAUGCGAAAAUAUCUAAAUCCUGAAUAUGAUUUAAAUAGUUUAACAGGUCGAUGUGUCCGUUUAUAUUUAAUUCGAUCGAGGGAUAUAACUGGUAUAAAAGGUAAAUUUAAAUUAAUAUUAGCUGGAAUCUAUGAAAUUAUAUGUCAUAUUAAACUGGAUAAGAAUAAUGAAUAUUUAACAUACUAUAAUGAAUGUUGUAGUAAAGAUCAUAAAGUAGAAAAAAGUGUGGAAUGUUAUUUUUAUGCUUUAGCUGAUUAUGGUCUUGAUUGUGAAUGUGAUUGGAAAUAA